UGUAGGUUGUGCUUCUAACGUUGAGUGGAUUCGUUGAAUGGGUUUCGAUGACGCAUAUAAUGGCCAACGAUGGUCGAUUACUGCAGGUGCUCUGUUUAUUGCUCAACAACGAACUAUUUCAAUCCUUAGCAGCAGAGUGUUUGUUACAGAUAGUUUCUAGAAAAGGAAAGGUUGACGAGCGAAAGCCGUUGCUGGUUCUGUUCAGCGCAGAUGCGAUGCAGUGCAUGUUUCAGAGUGCAGAUGGCGCGUCAGCCAAGCCGCUCGAAGAAGCUCACUACCAUUUCCUAAAAAAGCUCACACAGGUCCUGACCGGUCUAGGAAUGCAGCUGUGCACGCUGUGGGGCAAGGAAGGCACUCCGGGGUGUCCGCCGAAUUUCUCGAUCUACCUGGAGGCGAUUCUGACAUUUUCGCGACAUCCCUCAUUGUCCGUGGCGCACUUUGCCAACACGCUGUGGCUGGCCUUCUUCAAGCACGACCACAUCUCCAAGGACCCCAUUCUUGUCAGCUUCAUUCCAAAGUGGGUGCAAGCCAGUGGCCCUAAACUCAUGAAGGUUGUGUAUAAUAAAGCAGCUCGUGCCUCAGGUAGAAGUGAUGAUGUGGCUGCUUAUGUGGCGCUGGAUUGUGAUUCCGAAGAAGAAUUCAAUGUGUUCUUUCAUCGGGUCAGGGUCGAUCUGUUGGAUACCUUCAAACAGGCGACGUUAGUUGCACCGCUGGUAACAUACAGAUACGUGCAAGAUUGGUUGGUGAUGAUGCUGCAGAAAACAAUGAGCACACCGACAGAUGCCAGUCAAUUUGUCACUGUUCAGUCGCCUUCGUUCAUGGAGUGGGAUGCAUUGACGCUGGCUCUGGACAGUGUGCUGAGCAAGAUCCUGAUGUGCGUGGAGCGUCCGCCAGUAGGCAACGGCCUACAACUGCUCGACCUCUGCCUGGCCUUCGAACCGAUCGACCCCCUCAUUCUCUCCUCGCUACUCUCCUGCAUAUCGGCGCUCUUCGUCUUCCUUAGCAUGGCGCCGCCCGAAACAUCCAGUGGCUACCUGUUGCGUGUGCUAGACAAGAUCUUUGCGUCGCUGGUGUUCACACAGGGCGGCGACCAGGACAAGUGGACGCAGUCGCGCUCAGUCAAGAAUGUGCGUCGCCACGCCGCCUCGCUCAUGGUCAAGAUCGGCCACAAGUAUCCCCUCCUUCUCCUCCCCAUCUUCGACCGGGUCUGCACCAUUGUUUCCUCGCUCGAGCCCAAGCUGUCCAAAAUGGAGUACAUCUGCUUGCAGGAAGCGUUGUUGCUGAUCAGCAAUCACUUCUGUGAGUACGACAGAGAGAGCAACUUUGUGGGCGAGGUGCUGCGACCAGUGAGCGGUCAGUGGAUAUCGAUGGCCAAGGAGGCAUUUUGCAGUCCUCAGCAGUUCAUGUCGUUCGUCGGACUCGACAAGCCACCGGUCGAGCCGUCCGCCGAAGACAUCUACGGACAAAACCGGGCGCAGAUAAUCUGCUGCGUGAACGUGCUGCAAGCGGUGGUGAAGCGGUGCGUGUGGCCGGAUGACCCGGACCGAGCGCAGAGGGGGGGAUUCGUGGUGGCCCGCACCGAGGCCUGGAAUCCCAUCUACAGGAAUCCGGCAACACCACACUUCUUGCCCCUCUUUCCCGGACUGCUCACCCUAAUCCAAUGCUUCAACUCGUUGUGGACGCCUCCGGCUCUCGCACUAUUAUCCGAGGGCUACAAGAGCGCAUACGACAUGCUGGAAGUGGACCGCAACAACCUGCUUGGCAUAACGACGCAGUCGCAGUCGGCUGCGGACUGCCUGGACUGGACGCAGCCGCCAAAGACGCCCAUCCACCGCAUUCAGAACUUCAUGACAGCCGUUCAUGACACCUCCUAUCACGUGCUGGGAGCCGCCUUCCAGUCGAUCGGCCGCGACCUCUACCAGCUGCCCAAUCUGGCCACCACCCUACUCAACACUGUAUUCUCCAAUUUAGAUUUUAUAUCAGAUUUCCGUCUGCGACCAAUAAUCCGAGUGUUCCUUAAACCGUUUAUAAUGUUCUGUCCAGUCGACUUCUACGACUCUGUUCUGCUUCCCGUGCUUGCUCAAUUCACCCCCUUUAUUCUAAAUAGACUGAAUAGAAAAUGGCAGCACAUGACUGAUCUAUUGGAAGCAGGAGGAAUCGAUGAUGAAAACGCUGACGCACAGGAAUGCCUAGAGGACAUGCUGAACCGACAGAUCACGCGGGAGUUUCUGGACGUGAUGAAGGUGACGCUGGUGGGAGGAAGCGGAGCGGAGGGGGCAGGAGGGGCGACGACAAGUGGGGGCAGUCCGGCCAUGGACGACGAACUCAACACCCGGCUGCACGCGCACACGCAGGAAGUGAUCGGCGAACUGGGCAUGCGCGUGCUCACCUGUCCACACAUAUCCGAGCCUGUCGUGUCCUAUCUGCUCAGUUGCGUGGCGUGGAACGACAGCACAGCCAGCCUGAAGGCGGUGACACUGGUCGGUCCAGUGGUGCGCUUUCUGCUGCAGGAGCGCCAGACGAGCGCGCACUUCGCCCGGCAAGCGCUCACGCUCACGCUCUACGCGCUGCAGACGCACGGCCAGCAUGACGCCAACCUCGGCUCGCUCCUCAUGCUCGGCACACAGCUCUACGAAAUGCUCAGGCCCAAGUACAGCGACAUCAUCGAGGUUAUGAAGCAGAUUCCGGACAUUAAUCUUACAGAUCUGCAAAAAUUUGAUGAUAAAAUGCUGGAAGAAACACGAAAAGGAAAUAAAAUUGAUAAGGCGAAGAGGGAAAUGUUCAAGAAACUCACCAACCCGGUUAGUAUCCUCCUAUAAUAUGCUCUUUACUUU